AUACACCCAUGCUCUUGCAGUAGCUAGCAGACUGCAGUCAGUGGAAUCAGGCUUUGUACACGUUAUAGCGCCGAGGAGCGGACAAAUUACUUUUCUUACUCUCUUUCGCCGUUACUGAGGACUUCAUACAGUCUCACUGUCUUGUAUAACGUUAUUACAGCGGUGACUUUUCGUAUUUUCCCUUUCUUUUUGGCUGUGGAGAACGUGUUAAAAAAUACAGCUAGUUUUCACAAUGGCGACAGCAGCAGUAUCUGCCAAUGCUGGCAGCGGCCCCAACCCCGGAUCUGGCGCUGAGUUAGUCCGAGGACAGGCCUUCGAUGUCGGCCCUCGCUACCACAAUCUCUCCUAUAUUGGCGAGGGCGCCUAUGGAAUGGUGUGCUCUGCAUAUUGCCGUGACAACAAGGUCCGCGUGGCGAUUAAGAAGAUCAGUCCGUUUGAGCACCAGACAUACUGCCAGAGGACUCUGAGAGAGAUUAAGAUUCUGCUGCGUUUCAAACAUGAGAACAUCAUCAGCAUCAACGACAUCAUCCGCAUGCCCUCCAUCCACCAGAUGAAGGAUGUGUAUCCUUUACCUGAUGUUAUUUAUCAUGUCAACGACAUCAUCCGCAUGCCCUCCAUCCACCAGAUGAAGGAUGUCUACAUCGUGCAGGACCUGAUGGAGACAGAUCUGUAUAAGCUGCUGAAGACCCAGCACCUGAGCAACGAUCACAUCUGUUACUUCCUGUACCAGAUCCUGAGAGGCCUGAAGUACAUCCACUCAGCUAACGUCCUGCACCGCGACCUCAAACCCUCCAACCUGCUGCUCAAUACCACCUGUGAUCUAAAGAUCUGUGACUUUGGUCUUGCACGUGUGGCUGACCCGGACCAUGACCACACGGGCUUCCUGACAGAGUAUGUUGCGACUCGUUGGUACCGUGCGCCUGAGAUCAUGCUCAACUCAAAGGGUUACACCAAGUCUAUUGAUAUCUGGUCUGUGGGCUGCAUCCUGGCUGAGAUGCUCUCCAAUAGACCCAUCUUCCCUGGGAAGCACUACCUGGACCAGCUCAACCACAUACUGGGUAUCCUAGGGUCUCCUUCCCAGGAGGAUCUGAACUGCAUCAUUAACAUCAAGGCCAGGAACUACCUGCUGUCUCUCCCACUGCGCUGCAAGGUCCCCUGGAACCGCCUCUUCCCCAACGCUGACCCCAAAGCUCUGGACCUGCUGGACAAGAUGUUGACCUUUAACCCCCACAAGAGGAUCGAGGUAGAGGAGGCUCUGGCUCACCCUUACCUGGAGCAGUACUAUGAUCCUACAGAUGAGCCUGUAGCCGAGGCUCCUUUCAAGUUUGACAUGGAGCUGGAUGAUCUCCCUAAAGAGACCCUGAAGGAGCUGAUCUUUGAAGAGACGGCUCGCUUCAACACAGUCUGCAGGUCCUAACCUAUAGAACCAGAUAGACUCUGGACUCUCGUCAUUGUGUGCUCUGGUUCCUCCUGUCUUCAGCCUGUAUACUCCCCCCCCGCCUUCCUCAGUCAGACCACCAUGCUCAGGAACGGGUUUCAGGAAUCAAUCUGUCCUUUCUCCCUCUAUCCCUCUCCUCUCUCCCUACGGGGUGAAGAGGGUCACAUCUUGGCUUAUUGUUUAUUAUCCCCCCCCACCCACUCCUCACUGCCUACGGGGGACUAUUGGAAAGCACUAUAUUGGGAAUAGGGCUCUGGGCUAUAGUAGUGCACUAUAUAGAUAACAUGACUCUAGUCUAUAGUAGUACACUAUAUAGGGAAUAGGGCCCUGGUCUAAAGUAGUGCACUAUAUAGGGAAUAGCGCUCUGGUCUAUAGUAGUACACUAUAUAGGGAAUAGGGCUCUGGUCUAAAGUAGUGCACUAUAUAGGGAAUAGUGCCCUGGUCUAUAGUAGUACACUAUAUAGGGAAUAGGGCUCUGGUCUAAAGUAGUGCACUAUAUAGGGAAUAGCGCUCUGGUCUAUAGUAGUACACUAUAUAGGGAAUAGGGCUCUGGUCUAAAGUAGUGCACUAUAUAGGGAAUAGUGCCCUGGUCUAUAGUAGUACACUAUAUAGGGAAUAGGGCUCUGGUCUAAAGUAGUGCACUAUUUAGGGAAUAGUGUGCCAUAUGGGACACCUCCGGCGACUCCUGUUCAAAUCAUUAUUAUUGUAAUUCCUGCUCAGCGUUGGUAGACGGUCGUCUGUCUGUCUGUUUGAGAAGCUUUACAUUGCCAAAUAAUUUUUGUACAGCUUCUUUUUCUUUUCUAACUAUCUGAAGCCGAGCUAUGAUCAGGGAACUCAUAGGUGAUAUCACUCUACCAAGAAAGACCCCGCAUUAAUGAGAACAACUUAUUUAUGCAAUGACAUAAUGCUCUCUGUACCUAGACGGACAGACACAGGACAGGUUGUUGACAUAAUGCUCUCUGUACCUAGACAGACAGACACAGGACAGGUUGUUGACAUAAUGCUAUCUGUACCUGGACAGACAGACAGACACAGGACAGGUUGUCGACAUAAUGCUCUCUGUACCUGGACAGACAGACACAGGACAGGUUGUUGACAUAAUGCUCUCUGUACCUGGACAGACAGACACAGGACAGGUUGUUGACAUAAUGCUCUCUGUACCUAGACAGACAGACAGACACAGGACAGGUUGUUGACAUAAUGCUCUCUGUACCUGGACAGACAGACAGACACAGGACAGGUUGUUGACAUAAUGCUCUCUGUACCUGGACAGACAGACAGACACAGGACAGGUUGUUGACAUAAUGCUCUCUGUACCUGGACAGACAGACAGACACAGGACAGGUUGUUGACAUAAUGCUCUCUGUACCUGGACAGACAGACAGACACAGGACAGGUUGUUGACAUAAUGCUCUCUGUACCUAGACAGACAGACACAGGACAGGUUGUUGACAUAAUGCUCUCUGUACCUAGACAGACAGACACAGGACAGGUUGUUGACAUAAUGCUCUCUGUACCUGGACAGACAGACACAGGACAGGUUGUUGACAUAAUGCUCUCUGUACCUGGACAGACAGACACAGGACAGGUUGUUGACAUAAUGCUCUCUGUACCUGGACAGACAGACACAGGACAGGUUGUUGACAUAAUGCUCUCUGUACCUGGACAGACAGACACAGGACAGGUUGUUGACAUAAUGCUCUCUGUACCUGGACAGACAGACAGACACAGGACAGGUUGUUGGUAGAGAGAUGAUUCUGAAAGUAACGCAUGUGUUGUCGAAGUAACUGUAAUAAUAGAACCCAAUUUGAAAAAGUUAUGUGUUGCAUUACUCUGUUACUCAUCAAAGUAAUCUGAUUACGUAACGUGUUACUUUUGUAACACUGGUUAGGAAUCUCCCUCCCUCCCAGAUAGAAUACGUAGGUCCUCCACUUCCUCCUCUUGAGGAGGAGCAGACGGACCAGACCAACGGACAGUAUCAACCUGGCCUGUGGAGCAGGGUCUUCACUGUUAAAUGAUGAUCGGUGGUUAGGGAGAAAUGUCUCCUCCCUCUAUGGUGAAUCUCUUUCUGGGUCUUUGGCCUUGUGACAGUAAGACUGUAUCCUUUUGACUGUUAAACACUCUGUGUACAUAUUGAUAAUGUCUGGUUGGCUGGGGCCUGUUUCAGCUCCUCCCCCUAACCCCCUGGGCCCUGUUUCAGUUACGAUAUGCUGUUGAACGUUGCAGAUAGACUACAGCUGGUGUUAUUCUGUAUACUAGAUGCGUUCUACAUCAUACUGCUCCUUUAUGUGCAUGACCUCUGCCCCCGGGUACACUGAAAUGUGUUUUUGGGGGGAGUUUUCCUUUAACUAUCUCUUUGGUAUUUGUUUCAUUAGUUCAUUUUAGUCCCAAAAUAUUUUGUUUAUCAGCUAUUAAGUUUUCAAGAUAGGUCACUUUGAAAAGACAUCCCCGUAGGAUGCGAAAUGCAGCGUCAUACGACGAUGUGACCAAUCUUAAACUUAAUAGCUGACAAGCAAAACAUUUUGGGACUACAAUGAACUGAAACAAAUACCAAAAUAUAUUUUUGGGGGUGGAGUUUAACCAAUCAGAUCAAGGCACUUAACAUGGUGCGUGUGCAGUAAUAUGCUAAGUAUAUGCAGAUCAGUGGAACCCAAUCAGGUGGCAGCACACCUUCACAAAUUUAAAUAUCUCGGAGAGCACACCCCCUUUUUAUUUUUACCAAGUUAAUAAACUUAUAAUUUCUUGAUCUUAAAUAAGAUUCCCCAUUUAAAGCAACACAAAAAACCAUAGGCUAUGUAUAUUAAAAAUACUGUUUAUAAUUAUAUAUAUUUUACGUACCUUCAUGCGUAAAACAAUUUAUACUGACUAACCUUCAGAGGCUUGAGUCAGAUGACAUAAUAUGUACAUUAUCGUACCAUGUUUCUAAAUUCAGUCCACUGGAGCCGUUUCAAUAGUUUGGAUGUUUCUAGUGUGGUGGUUUAUGUAUGCAAGUUCCCCUUUAACACAGUAUCACCCGUUGGAUCUGUGAGAGACUGUAACAGCAUUAUAAACAAGUCCCGUCUGUUGCUCCCUCCUUCCCCGAACUAGAAGAACAAAUAACAAGGAUUAAUAACGGAGGCAUUAUCAGUGACACAAGAUGUCUGCAUCUCUCUAGAUCUAUACGCUAGCUUCUCUUUGACACCAUCGCAGCGGUCAUAGUUCACUUCUGGUCAACAGUUCAUGUCUUAGUGUCUUCGUACCUAUUUGCUUCAGCUUUCCCUGUUUCACAUAACAUUUAUCACCCUUAUUUAAGUUCCAUACACAACCAAUGCAAUGGAAGCUGGCUAGUUGUUAGUAGCUUGAGCUCCUUCAUCAGUAUUUGAGAUGCUCAGAGAGAACAUUCUCCAUGUCUGCUGCCAUUUCACUGGCCAUAGUAUCUAAGUGGCCAAACAUCUAUACAGAUCUCUGCUCCAGUAACUGGCUGUGGUUUCAUACCUCUGCUCCAGUAACUGGCUGUGGUUUCAUAUCUCUGCUCCAGUAACUGGCUGUGGUUUCAUACCUCUGCUCCAGUAACUGGCUGUGGUUUCAUACCUCUGCUCCAGUAACUGGCUGUGGUUUCACACCUCUGCUCCAGUAACUGGCUGUGGUUUCAUACCUCUGCUCCAGUAACUGGCUGUGGUUUCAUACCUCUGCUCCAGUAACUGGCUGUGGUUUCAUACCUCUGCUCCAGUAACUGGCUGUGGUUUCAUACCUCUGCUCCAGUAACUGGCUGUGGUUUCAUAUCUCUGCUCCAGUAACUGGCUGUGGUUUCAUACCUCUGCUCCAGUAACUGGCUGUGGUUUCAUACCUCUGCUCCAGUAACUGGCUGUGGUUUCAUACCUCUGCUCCAGUAACUGGCUGUGGUUUCAUACCUCUGCUCCAGUAACUGGCUGUGGUUUCAUACCUCUGCUCCAGUAACUGGCUGUGGUUUCAUACCUCUGCUCCAGUAACUGGCUGUGGUUUCAUACCUCUGCUCCAGUAACUGGCUGUGGUUUCAUGCGACACCUAUCAGACUUCAUACCAAGUCUAAUGCCAAGUCUAGAGCUCCCAGCUCAUUGGUUGAGAUGCUCAAAGAGAACAUUCUCUAUGUAGUGCAGGUCCACCCCUUUGAUUGCACUUGCUUUUUCUAUAUAACGUUACAAUGCCUUCUAUAUAAUGUUACAAUGCUUUCUAUAUAAUGUUACAAUGCCAUCAACAACGUUACAAUGCCUUCUAUAUAACGUUACAAUGCCAUAAUGGGACAUAGUGUCUACUGGCUCAAUAUCUCCACACAGAGAGCCAGCUAGGUGGAUGACAUUAAGGUCUGAAUAACAUUAUAAUGCCAUGGGACCUGCUGCACAGCAUUACAGAGCCUUAACCCACCUACAGAAGGCAGCAGCUGUUAGAGCCACUGGCCACAACCCCUCGCUGAUCGAUCUGUCGAUCAAUCUAUCUAUCCAAAAGUAUGUGGACACCCUUUCAAAUUAGUGGAUUCUAUUUCAACCACACCCAUUGCUGACAGGUGUAAAAUAAAAUCGAGCACACGGCCAUGCAAUCUGUCCAUAGACAGACAUUGGCAGUAGAAUGGAGAGCUCAGUGACCUUAAACCUGACACCGUCAUAGAAUGCCACCUUUCCAACAAGUCGAAUUUCUGCCCUGCUAGAGCUGCCCCCAGUCAUUGUGAAAUGGAAACUUCUAGCAGCGGCAACGGCUUAGCCGCAAAGUGGUAGGCAACACCAGCUCACAGAACAGGACUGCCAAGUGCUGAAACGCAUAAAGAUCAUCUGUCCCCGGUUGCAACACUCAUUACCGAGUUCCAAACUGCCUCUGGAAGCAACGUCAGCACAAGAACUGUUCAUCGGGAGCUUCAUGAAAUGGGUUUCCAUGGCCGAGCAGCCGCACACAAGCCUAAGAUCACCAUGUGUAAUAACGGCUAGAGGGGUGUAAAGCUCGCCGCCAUUGGAACCUGGAGCAGUGGAAAUGCAUUUUCUUGGGUGAUGAAUUUCGCUUCACCAUCCGGCAGUCCGAAUUAAUCUGGGGAUUAAUUCGGAUUAAUCUGGGGAUCCGACGGACGAAAACCUGACUGGCCUGCACAGAGCCCUGACCUCAACUCCAUCGAACACCUUUGGGAUGAAUUGGAAGGCCGACUGUGAGCCAGGACUAAUCACCCAACAUCAAUGCCCGACCUCACUAAUACUGUUGUGGCUGAAUGGAAGCAAGUCCCGCAGCAAUGUUCCAACAUCUAGUGGAAAGCCUUCCCAGAAGAGUGGAGGCUGUUAUAGCAGCAAUGUUCCUACAUCUAGUGGAAAGCCUUCCCAGAAGAGUGGAGGCUGUUAUAGCAGCAAUGUUCCUACAUCUAGUGGAAAACCUUCCCAGAAGAGUGGAGGCUGUUAUAGCAGCAAUGUUCCUACAUCUAGUGGAAAGCCUUCCCAGAAGAGUGGAGGCUGUUAUAGCAGCAAUGUUCCUACAUCUAGUGGAAAGCCAGAAGAGUGGAGGCUGUUAUAGCAGCAAUGUUCCUACAUCUAGUGGAAAGCCUUCCCAGAAGAGUGGAGGCUGUUAUAGCAGCAAUGUUCCUACAUCUAGUGGAAAGCCUUCCCAGAAGAGUGGAGGCUGUUAUAGCAGCAAUGUUCCAACAUCUAGUGGAAAGCCUUCCCAGAAGAGUGGAGGCUGUUAUAGCAGCAAUGUUCCAACAUCCAGUGGAAAGCCUUCCCAGAAGAGUGGAGGCUGUUAUAGCAGCAAAGCGGGGACCAACUCAAUAUUAAUGCCUACGAUUUUGGAAUGAGAUGUUUGACAAGCAGGUGUCCACAUGCUUUUGGACAAGUAAUGUAUCUAUCUCUAUUGAUCUACCCUAUGCUUACCUACCUAUCCUCUACCUAUCCUCAACCUACCUAGUAAGAUGUAAGCUUGUAUCGAUCUGCUUCAGAGUCUGAGUCGGUCCGUGUUGCAAACCUGUCUGGUUCUUUGUGCCUUUCUUAACGGGCUUGAACUCCAAAAUGUUUUGUGCAGCUUUGUUUAGCUGGGGGUCCGUUGUGAUUGCAGAAUAUUCUUUAUGUUAAGGGAAGGUUUUUCAUAAGUCUCACUGAGUAUGUUGUAAUUUUUAAGAUUAGUUCUGGUUCUGUUGCCGAAGCUUUGUGAUUGUGAUUCUGUACUGAAAAAGAUGAAGGCUGAAUUCCAUUGUUUGCUUUACUUUAACCUCUGCCCCGUUCUUUACCUUGGUCUGGGUGGGGUGUCUCCACCCCAUUCUUUACCUUGGUCUGGGUGGGGUGUCUCCACCCCAUUCUUUACCUUGGUCUGGGUGGGGUGUCUCCACCCCAUUCUUUACCUUGGUCUGGGUGGGGUGUCUCCACCCCAUUCUUUACCUUGGUCUGGGUGGGGUGUCUCCACCCCGUUCUUUACCUUGGUCUGGGUGGGGUUUCUCCACCCCGUUCUUUACCUUGGUCUGGGUGGGGUGUCUCCACCCCAUUCUUUACCUUGGUCUGGGUGGGGUGUCUCCACCUUGGUCUGGGUGGGGUGUCUCCACCUUGGUCUGGGUGGGGUGUCUCCACCUUGGUCUGGGUGGGGUGUCUCCACCUUGGUCUGGGUGGGGUGUCUCCACCUUGGUCUGGGUGGGGUGUCUCCACCUUGGUCUGGGUGGGGUGUCUCCACCUUGGUCUGGGUGGGGUGUCUCCACCUUGGUCUGGGUGGGGUGUCUCCACCUUGGUCUGGGUGGGGUGUCUCCACCUUGGUCUGGGUGGGGUGUCUCCACCUUGGUCUGGGUGGGGUGUCUCCACCUUGGUCUGGGUGGGGUGUCUCCACCUUGGUCUGGGUGGGGUGUCUCCACCUUGGUCUGGGUGGGGUGUCUCCACCUUGGUCUGGGUGGGGUGUCUCCACCUUGGUCUGGGUGGGGUGUCUCCACCUUGGUCUGGGUGGGGUGUCUCCACCUUGGUCUGGGUGGGGUGUCUCCACCUUGGUCUGGGUGGGGUGUCUCCACCUUGGUCUUUUUGCCUUUUAUUUAUUUAUUUUUUUAAAUAUUUUGUGCAAAAAAUAUUUUUUAUUGUAAAAUUAAUGUUAUGUUUCUAUCUAAUAUUAAUCUUGAAUAAGACUUGUUGCCAUGAAUUGAAAUACUCGUAUGUUUUGAGCAGUAGAAAAUCUUUGUGAAUUAUACUUCAUUCACGCUAAAAAGAAAAAAUAUUAUUUUCAUGUAUUUUUGGUUGGCUGUGUUUUUGAGGUUAGCAUCAGUAACUCAACCAGGCAGAAGUUUAAACUAACCCUUCAAGGUCUGUUUUUGAGGGUAGUAUUGGUAACCAAACCAGGUUAUGGUAGGGAGAGGUUUAAACUAACCCUUCAAGGUAACUAAACCAGGUUAUGGUAGGGAGAGGUUUAAACCAACCCUUCAAGGUCUGUUUUUGAGGGUAGUAUUGGUAACUAAACCAGGUUAUGGUAGGGAGAGGUUUAAACCAACCCUUCAAGGUCUGUUUUUGAGGGUAGUAUCGGUAACUAAACCAGGCAGGAGUUUAAGCCCUUCAAGGUCUGUGAAUAUUGCCGUCUGUCAUGCCGGAGAACAAACCAUUUCUGCUAAUGUUGAAGAUGACUGCCAUUUAUUAAAAAACAAUAUCAAUCUUGUUAUUUUGCAUCUUUGCCAUGUAACCUAUGAAAUAAAUACACUGUAUCCUAUG